GAAAAAACGAAAUCGUGUAUGAACAAAGUAAUUUAACUCAGUAGUUCAAAAUAUACCUCAAAGAAUCCUGCGUUGUUAUUUUUUUUAACAACGUCGACCAAUUGCCAAUUACUUAAAAUUGUUUAAGUGUUCUAAUGAAAAGAAUUUGACAAAGAAAGUGGGCAGUUUGUAUCCUGUGCAUUAGACGUCUACGGUUCGCAAGAAUGGCAACUUUGGGUACUGGUAUGAGGUGUCUUAAGAGCUGCGUAUUCGUUUUAAACAUUAUCUGUCUGUUAUGUUCCCUUGUGUUAAUUGGGGCUGGUGCAUACGUCGAAGUUAAAUUCAGUCAGUAUGGUGACAAUUUGCAUAAGGUAUGGCAGGCAGCACCCAUCGCUAUCAUUGUUGUCGGAGUGAUCAUCCUCAUAGUGAGCUUCCUGGGUUGUUGUGGGGCUAUAAAGGAGAAUGUUUGCAUGCUGUACAUGUAUGCGUUCUUCCUCAUUGUACUUUUGAUUGCUGAGUUGGCCGCUGCUAUAGUUGCAGUUGUUUAUAAGGACAGAAUUGACUCUGAAAUUGAUACACUGAUGACUGGUGCUCUGGAUAAUCCAAACAAGGAAAUAACUGAGUUCAUGGAUUUGAUCCAAUCAUCUUUCCAUUGCUGUGGUGCUAAAGGCCCUGGCGAUUACAAAGGAGACCCGCCAGCCUCAUGCAAAGGAGAGCAAGUGGUCUAUGAUGAAGGUUGUGUGUCUGUCUUUGGAGCAUUCUUGAAGCGCAACUUGAUAAUUGUUGCUUGUGUCGCAUUUGGUGUAUGCUUCUUCCAAUUAUUAAGCAUUGUCAUAGCCUGUUGUUUGGGUCGACAAAUAAAGGAGUAUGAAAAUGUCUAAUCUCUACCAAGAUAACUGAGCACAAUAUUUAUUGGUUUCUCUUUGUUUUUCCUCUGGUUUUUAUUGAACUAUGCUUUUUAUCGCCUAGAUAAUUGUGCCUUGUACGUGUAUUCGACUUCGUUUACAAUAUAUUAAUCUCAAUGAGAAAUGAUACUAUCACUGUCAUUGUUUCACUUUUUAUCAUUAUUAUGCAAAAUUCACUACAUUGAUUCUCUGAUAUAUUCAUACUUAUAAACUGAUGAUAAAUCAUGUUCAUUUUUUAUUAUGUAUCUUUCUGGUUUAUAUAAUUUUUAAUCUUUGAUAUAUUGUUCGUCUUGCAAAUUUUGCUUAUUUUCUGCUACGUUAUUAGACAUUUCUUGUAUAAAUUAAUGCUGUUCAGUUAUCUUUGUUUUCAAUUGUAAUAGGGUGGGAUCUAAUAAUCAUAAUUACUUG